CUCCUUUUCUUCUUUCUGGUAUGCAUUACGUAUGACUCUUUCUUCUGCUAUCCCUUGUCUCUUGACAGUACGAUGAUGUGGAACAGUUUUGAGAACUUCACUAGAAGUUCUGCAUUUCUUUCUUUCAAGCCAUGUCAUUGUACGCUUUGUUUCCACAGCUGUAUCAAAGCCUUCCAACCCUCAUGAAACACAUGCCUGGACCUCAUCAGACUGUUUUCAAAAACUGGGGACUUUUAAAAUCCUUUGUGAGAGAAAUAAUUGACAAGCACAAAGAAGACUGGAACCCUCGUGAAACAAGAGAUUUCAUUGAUGCUUAUUUGAAUGAAAUGGCCAAGGAAGAUGUUACUCCUAGUUUCCAUGAAGAAAACCUGCUACAUUCCGUACUGGAUCUUUUUGGAGCUGGAACAGAGACGACUUCCACAACGCUCCGCUGGGCUCUGCUGUACAUGGCCCUUCACCCAGACAUCCAAGCUAGAGUCCAAGAAGAAAUCGAUUCCGUGAUUGGGCAGUCGCGACUUCCAGCACUGGAGGACCGGGAUCGCAUGCCCUACACCAACGCGGUCAUUCACGAAGUCCAGAGGUUCAGCAACAUCGUGCCUCUAAAUGUGCCCCGCGUGGCCACGAAGGACACGACCCUGGCUGGGUUUUUCCUGCCCAAAGGAACUGUUUUGUUGUCCAACCUGACCUCAGUGCUGCAUGACAAGGAUGAAUGGGAAACCCCUGAUGUGUUCAAUCCCGGCCAUUUCCUUGAGAACGGCCAGUUCAGGAAAAGGGAAGCGUUCAUCCCAUUCUCUACAGGGAAGCGAUCGUGUCUCGGAGAGCUGCUGGCCAGGACGGAGCUUUUCCUUUUCUUCACUGCUCUGAUCCAGAAGUUCACUUUCCAGGCUCCAGAGAACGUGACUUUAACCCUCGACUUCCGGAUGGGCUUCACAUUGGCUCCUCAGCCUUACAAGAUACUCGCAUUGUCUCGCUGAUGGAAGCCAUGUGAUCCUUUGUUAGCUGUCAGUAUUUUCUCCCCUUCUGUUCUUGGGGGCCAUUGAGGAACCCAUGCCAGGCAUGGUCCUGUGUUAUGCUUUGCCUCAUUGCUAUGCCUGGAUGGGGAAUGGUUAUGCGUGUUUAACUUCAUGGGACUGGGGGUUGGGGAAGAGUCCAUAUUUCCCUGGCAGGUAUUUUGUCUUCAUCAUUCUCCCGGAGGCAUAGAGCCAUGCCAAACUGCUGUGAAAGAGCAACUUUGGGCCAGUGAAAGGCCCGAUUUUUCCGGUCCGUCACAACAGGGAUACUCAAUACUGAGAUGCUCAUGCAGGGGAGUUCUGUCUUCCUGCACCAAGCUCAGUUCAGCACAAGCUCAGUCCUGCUCAAGAUAGUUGAGUCUAAGCCCUGUUGAACCUAGUUUCCCAGUGCUUUGUAGCAUCCUUGCAUUGGUAAGUUUUAAAGUUCUUUCCUUUAUGCUGGUUUUCAUGAUUGCUUCAUCUGAAAAUGAUCCUUAUUCAAAUAUCAUGCACAAAAACCUCACUGAGAGAGUUUUACCUGUUAAAGCAGUAGAUCAGAUCAUUAAAUGCACAAAAUGUA